AGGGCGGAAGUACUGGUGGUGCUGUCACUCGCCCUGCCCAGCCUGGCCGCGCCCAAAGUCAGCGCCUGGAACCCCAGGGUGCCGGGAAUCCGGAAGCACCCGAAGUGGAGCUCGGGGGAAGCCAGAAUUAGGCACCACAGCGAGCGGGAAGCCCCUGAGAGGAGGACCCGAGACCCAAGCGCCCAGAAUCCCGGGCACCCGGAGCUGGGUGGGUCUUCUGACAGGAUGACUGUGGGAAUCUUUGUAAAUUGUACCUUCUGUUUGAAAGUCAAAUACUUACCUCAUCAGCAGAAGAAAAAGCUACAAACUGACAUUAAGGAAAAUGGUGGAAAAUUUUCCUUGUUGUUAAAUCCUCAGGUAUUUCCAAAUUACUGUAUGAUUAACAUGAUACCUUCAGGGAACAUGGGUCAUGGUUACGAAGAAGUGAAAACAGAUGAUCUAUCCCUGGACAAUUCCUUGGAGAAGAAAAAUGUGGAAGACAUUGAGUUUUAUGAAGAAAAUGAUGAAAUUCCUUAUUUUCCUCAAGAUUUUGAAGUUGCAAAAUAUAACAUAUUAGAAAAAGUAGGAGUGGAUGGAGGCCAAGAAACAGCUGUGGUGGAGCUGCAGUGCACCCUGGAGCCUGGAGAUUGUCCUUUUAUGGUAUCUGCACAUUUCCUCCUGGCUGAUGGUGUGCAGGUAAAAUUCUUUAUGUUGAUUCCUUUGCUUUUGGAGGAGGCUGUUAGUUCAAGCACCCUGAGCCAGGAGGUGAGUGAUUUGGUGGAGAUGAUUUGGGCAGAAGCUCUGGGCCAUCUGGAACACACACUUCUCAAGCCAGUGAACAGGAUUAGCCUCAAUGAUGUGAGCAAGGCAGAGGGUAUCCUCCUUCUAGUAAAGACAGCACUGAAAAAUGGAGAAACAGCAGAACAAUUGCAAAAGAUGAUGACUGAGUUCUACAGAUUAAUACCUCACAAACAUCCAGUCACUGAAGAAGUUAACCUGAGACUACUAACUAAGAAAGAGGAUCUCUGUCAGCUAAUAAGAGACAUGGUUAAUGUCUGUGAAACUCAUUUGUCCAAACCCAACCCACCUUGUCUUGCCAAAUACCGAGCUCUGAGAUGUAAGAUUGAAUAUGUUGAACCAAAUACUGAAGAAUUUUCCUGGGUUAGAAAAGAGAUAUUACAGAAUAAUCACAGUAAAAGUUCAGUAGAUAUCUUGCAGAUAUUUAGAGUUGGCAGAGUGAAUGAAGCCACAGAAUUUUUGAGCAAACUUGGCAACGUGAGGUCCUUGUUGCAUGGAUCUCCUGUACAAAACAUUGUAGGAAUCUUGUCCAGAGGGUUACUUUUACCCAAAGUAGUUGAAGAUCAUGGUGUGCAAAGAACAGACAUUGGAAAUCUUGGCAGUGGGAUUUAUUUCAGUGAUUCUCUCAGCACAAGCAUAAAAUACUCACACCCAGGAGAGGUAGAUGGCUCCAGACUCCUGGUCAUCUGUGAUGUAGCCCUUGGAAAAUGUAUGGACUUAUUCAAGAAGGACUUUUCCUUAACAGAAGCACCACCUGGCUAUGACAGCGUGCAUGGAGUUUCAGACACAGCCUCUAUCCCCACAGAUUUUAAGGAUGAUGAAUUUGUUAUAUAUAAAACCAAUCAGGUUAAAAUGAAAUAUAUUGUUAAAUUUUGCAUGCCUGGAGAUCAAAUAAAGGACUUUCAUCCUUGUCAAAAUACUGAAUUAGAGGAAUACAGACCCAAAUUUUUUAAUUUUUCAAAGGUUGAAGAUUACCAGUUACCAGACACCAAACCUUCCAGCAAUGUCAAGGCCGGCCUUCAGGAUAUCUCUGGGAAUUUGAUUCCUCUUGAGGAUGUUCACAUCAAAGGGAGAAUAAUGGACUUUGUAGCCCAGGUCAUUGUUUUUCAGACAUACACAAAUCAAAGUCAUGUGCCCAUUGAAGCAAAAUAUGUCUUUCCUCUGGAUGAUAAGGCAGCUGUAUGUGGCUUUGAGGCAUUUAUCAAUGGGAAGCACAUAGUGGGUGAGAUUAAAGAGAAGGAAGAAGCCCAGCGAGAAUACCGGGAAGCUGUCAGCCAAGGCCAUGGUGCUUACCUGAUGGAUCAGGAUGCUCCGGAUGUUUUCACCGUAAGUGUUGGAAACUUACCCGCUCAGGCCAAGGUUCUCAUCAAAAUUACCUACAUUACGGAACUUAGUAUCCAAGGCUCUGUUGCUGUCUUCUUCAUGCCUGCCACUGUGGCACCCUGGCAACAGGACAAGGCUUUAAAUGAAAACCUUCAGGAUACAGUAGAGAAGAUUUGUGUAAAGGAAAUAGGAAAAAAGCAAAGCUUCUCCUUGACCAUGUCUAUUGAAAUGCCAUACAUGAUUGAAUUCAUUUCCAGUGAUACACAUGAACUGAGAAAAAAGAGCACAGACUGUAAAGCUGUGGUUAGCACCCUGGAAGGCAGCUCCUUAGAUAGCAAUGGAUUUUCUCUUCACAUCAGUUUGUCUGCUGCAUAUCUCCCAAGAAUGUGGGUUGAAAAACAUCCAGAGAAAGAAAGUGAGGCUUGUAUGCUUGUCUUUCAACCCAAUCUUGAUGCUACCCUCCCUGACCUGGCUAACAAGAACGAAGUAAUUAUUUGUCUUGAUUGUUCCAAUUCCAUGGAGGGUGUGACAUUUAUGCAAGCCAAGCAAAUUGCUUUGUAUGCACUAUCCUUGGUGAGUGAGAAGCAAAAAGUGAACAUUAUACAAUUUGGCACAGGUUACAAGGAGUUAUUUUCAUAUCCUAAGUACAUCAUGAGCAAUGAUGUGUCAACAGAGUUCAUUAUGUCUGCUACACCUACUAUGGGGAACACAGACUUCUGGAAAAUGCUCCGGUAUUUAAGUUUACUGUACCCUUCUCAAGGGUUACGAAAUAUUCUCCUCAUAUCUGAUGGCCACCUCCAGAAUGAGAGUCUAACAUUGCAGCUUGUGAAAAGAAACGUCCACCAUACCAGAUUGUUCACCUGUGGGGUGGGUUCUACAGCAAAUCGCCAUAUCCUAAGGACUUUGUCUCAGUGUGGUGCUGGAGUUUUUGAAUAUUUUAACUCAAAAUCCAAACAUAGUUGGAAAAAACAGGUAAAAGACCAAAUGACCAGGAUAUGUUCCCCAAGUUGCCACUCUGUCUCUGUUAAAUGGCAGCAACUUAGUACAAAUGCACCCAAGGCCCUGCAGGCUCCAGCCCAAGUGCCAUCCUUGUUCCAUAAUGAUAGACUUCUUGUCUAUGGAUUUAUUCCUCAUUGUACACAGGCAACUCUGAAUGCACUAAUUCAAGAGAAGGAAUUUUGUACAAUGGUAUCAACUACAGAGCUUCAGAAAACAACUGGGACGAUGAUUCACAAGCUGGCAGCAAGAGCUGUGAUCAGAGAUUAUGAAGAUGGCAUUCUCCACGAGAAUGAAACCAGCCAUGAGAUGAAGAAACAAAUUUUGAAAUCUCUGAUUAUUAAACUCAGUAAAGAAAACUCUCUUAUAACACAAUAUACAAGCUUUGUGGCAGUUGAGAAAAGGGAUGGUAACGAUUCACCUUUUCCUAAUAUUCCAAAUAUUCCUGAACUUAUUGCCAAAGAAGAUGUAGACUUUUUGCCGUAUGUGAGUUGGCAGGAGGAACAACCAGAGGCUAACAUGCCACAGCCUUUUUCAGCAUCCUCUGAAUGGAAUGAAGAAACAUCACAUAAACGUUUGGCUAAAAAAAAAAAAAUUAAGAUGCCUAAAUUGGAAGUUUCUGAAGAUUUUGAAGUGGAAAGUCUGGGAAAGCCAUUGAUGAAUUCACUUUUACAAGCAGGAUUUGAAAUAUCAUCCAUGAAAGCUAUACCACAAAGCCUGUCUGUUUCCACGUUUGCUUCUGGUUCACUCCCUUUCCAGGCUGCUUCCCUCUCUACUCCCACCAUACCUCCUCAAAGCAGUUGUCUUUUUGGUUCUCUUGCAUCUGCCAAACAGUUUGGCCUACAGCUUGGCCAAGAAACCAAAAUUUCCUUUGAGCCGGGGUCUCUUCCCAGAUUUCCUCUUCAGGACCCACCUUUGAGUGCAUCUAGGAGAUUCCUUAGCUCACAGAAGGUUUGUCUAGAUAAACCUCAUGAAGAUAAUAUGAGCUUUUUAUCUGACAUCUCCCCUAGACUGGAUUCUUCUCUGCAGCAGAUUUCCUCUCCUCCUACACUUCUUUCUUCUUUUCAUCCCACUGAAGGUUUUGGUAUUCAUCCUCCCUGUCCUCCCUCUUUUCAUCAGUUUCAAAAUUCCCUAGUACCUCAAAGCAUCAAUUACAGGCUGACACUGGAAACACCUGUGCUGGCUUCUUUACCAUCAGAUGCAUCUGAAUUUGAAUUUUCUGAAGAUUUUCAAAUUUUGGCAAGUUCAAUUUUGCAAGAAGAAGCACAGUCUGUGGGUCUUGCAUCAUCAGAUUAUUUGGAAGCACAUUUUUUGACUCCCUCGAGUUGUGAAAAAUUUUUUGAAACAUUAGAUGAUGAAAUACCAGUACCUCUACAGUGUAGAUUUUUGAAAAAGGAGGAGAAAUCUGAUGUAACAAGUGAUUUUUGCUUAAGCUUUCAUUCACAGGAAGAUGAGGAUGAUGUAGAUGGCAAACAAAGCUGGCAGAAUUUUGUGCCGUGGGCUGAACUAUUCAGUCUACAGACUGAGGAUGGAUUCUGGAAACUUACAUUAGAACUAGGACUUAUAUUAAACCUUAAUACAAAUGUUUUACAUGACUUUCUUGAGCAAAAAGGCAUUCGGUCUCUAGGUAUAAAAGGAAGAGAAUAUCUCCUGGACCUGAUUGCCACAUUGCUGGUACUACAGUUUCUUCGCACCAGGUUGGAACAAGAGGGAAUAGUUUUCAAAUCUCUGAUGAAGCUGGAUGAUCCUUCCAUUUCCAGGAAUAUUCCCUGGGAUUUUGAGAAAAUAAGAAAAGCAAGUGAAUGGGUCAGAAGAAUGGAAGGACAGUAUUCAUCUAUCUGCCAACGGCUUGAACUGGGAAAAGACUGGGACUCAGCCACUAAGCAACUCCUGGGAAUUCAACUACCAGCUACCACUUCUCUUAACACAGUUCUUUAUUACAGUCAAGGCUGAAUCCAAUGAAAUUGUAUUUUUUUUUUAACUUUACUCACAUUUCUAUGUCAAAAAUAAUCAAAUAUUAACAGGUACCUGUUAGGACAUUUAAUUAUGACUUUAUUCAGUAUAGCAAUCAAUCCCUUUUAAGUAAAUGGAAGCAAAAUUGAUCAUUUUAACCAACUAACAAGCAAUAAUAAAAUGAAAAUUACAAUGUUA